AUGGAUAAUUUAUCAUUCGCGACAUUGGAAUCCCCUUCUAUUUACUCUUCGAGCACAAAAACUGAUAGCAGUACCAAGUCUGCUGCCAGCGAACCUAAACAUAAAGAGAUAGAUCUCACUAAGGACAAUGUGGCUUCGCCUAUAGAUCUCGAAUGCAAUAUACAAAGAGAACGUAUCACUAAGAUUCUUGACGAGGCCAUCUAUAAGUGCAUGCUAGUCAUUUGUCUCCCAGAUCUCGUAAUAGAGUAUAAAACCUUAAGCGGUGUGCUGUCGUCCACUGACAUGGAUGAUUUGCUAUUUAUCUACGAUCAAUACGACAAUCCAUUGUUCUCUGCUAGUGUUUUGAACAUGGCUGCUGUUGAGGAUUUAAAAGCCGGUGAUCUGAGUCUAAAGAAUCGUUUGAAUCCUGAACUAGCCCACCUAAUGUACAUCAUGAAUAAUUACCAAGAGCUUCGGCCUACGGUUUACGAAUUAAUCGAACAGAAACGAAUCAGUUCAAGUCAUUCAAGAUCAACAGCUGCAGCUAUGAAUUUUUUGAAUGAGAUGUACCAGUUUCGUGAGCUUAUGAUAAAACAAAUGGAGACGACAGCGGCUGAUGAGCUGUUAUCUAAAAUCAAUACCAGAAAACUUGAAGAUUCUAAUGAAACUCUUAAUAAAAGCAUUCAAGAAUAUUCAAAAUUACUAGUAGAAGAGAAUGAGAGGUUUGACCAGACGAUGGCGAUCAAGGCACAGAUUAUAACGAAGUUGGAACAUGAACUCGCUAUGCUCAGUUACGAUGCUUCGGUCAAGCUCAAGAAGAAAGUUCUGGAUUCAGAACGUCAGAUGGUCUUAGCCACUCGAGCUCAUUUAGUCAAAAACGAAAUGUUAAAAGAAGAAGAAGUUGAAAGUAAACACAAUUAUGAACAUUUGCUCCAUCAACAUCUCCUUGAAGAGAAACGUCAGAGAGCUCGCAAGCUGAAAGUGGAAACGCAACUGUCAUCGUGGCUUCAGAAAUAUGACACGGAGAUGACAGAUAAACAGCUUGAAUUGGACGACUUCACUGAGAAGUACGAAGAGCAGGUCGAGGAGUGCAAUAAAUUACAGAAGAAACUAGAUGAACAAGAUAUUGAGUACAUACCACUGAUGAAGGAGCGUGAGGACGAAUAUCAUGCAGAGAUGAAAGCGAAACUGGAUGCGUUCAUUAUGGAACAUGCCGCGAGAGUCAUACAGUUCGCAUGGAGGGAGGUACUAGCCAACAGAGCAGAAAAAAAGAAGUUGAGGAAACUCGAAAAGAAAAUGAUAGCUGCAGCAGAAGCGGCAGCAGCAAAGCAAGAGGCACUAAGAAGGGCCGAAGAAAAUGCGGCUAAAGCUGCAGCUAAGGCAGCCGCUAAAGCCGCGAAGGCGGCUAAAGCAAGUGGUGCGAACAAUUAG